AUGCCCCCGCGGGAGCUGAGCGAGAGCAGCCUCAUCGUCAGCUACACCUGCAAUGGGUACCCCGCGCGCUACCGGCCCACGGCGCUGGACACCUUCUCCGUGCAAGUCCUGGUUGAUGGAGCCCCUGUGCGCAUUGAGCUCUGGGACACAGCGGGACAGGAAGACUUUGACCGCCUUCGCUCCCUCUGCUACCCGGAUACGGAUGUCUUCCUGGCCUGCUUCAGCGUGGUGCAGCCCAGCUCCUUUCAAAACAUCACAGAGAAAUGGCUGCCGGAGAUCCGCACUCACAACCCGCAGGCUCCCGUCCUGCUGGUGGGCACCCAAGCCGACCUGAGGGACGAUGUCAAUGUACUGAUUCAGCUGGACCAGGGUGGCCGGGAGGGCCCAGUACCCCAACCCCAGGCUCAGGGUCUGGCGGAGAAGAUCCGGGCCUGUUGCUACCUGGAGUGCUCAGCCUUGACUCAAAAGAACUUGAAGGAGGUAUUUGACUCAGCCAUUCUCAGUGCCAUCGAGCACAAAGCCCGGCUGGAGAAGAAACUGAAUGCCAAAGGUGUGCGUACCCUCUCCCGCUGCCGCUGGAAGAAGUUCUUCUGCUUUGUUUGAACGGCUAUGGCAGCAAACGAGCAGUAGGCCAACGGCCACAGACUGCUAGAAACUGGGGCACAGGGUCUUGGAUGGCUCUGCUGGCAAGGCCAGGCCACCCCAUAGGACUCAGUUCCCGUCUGAACACUGGAGACACGGGCCUCCAACUGCCCACUCUUACAUGCCAGGGUGAGCCUCCAUCCUGGAGGAGGGAAGGCUCUGACUUGGAUUUCUGUGGACAAGGCUCACAGAGAAAUCCCAGUACUUUGAUUUUCAUAAAAUGAUCCUGAUAGUGUCAGCCACCUCCAAGCAGUUUGGGAUCCAAUUCCCAGUUUCUUAUCACAGGCCCUCGUGCUGGUCCCCACCCCCUCCUUGGCACAGGGGUGAGGAAAAGCCUGGGGAACAGCUGGGCAUCUUGGAGGGCUGGAUGGUGUCCGGCCCAGAUUUGGAAAGAAGUUUAGGAUGGAUUGGGUGCAACAGAGGACAGUGAGAGGUUGAGAGGGAGCAGAAAGUGAAGCCUUGGAGCUUUGGAGCCUUGGGACUGGAGGCAGGUUGGGGAGGAGGAGGUAGAGCAGAGGGCUAGGCUUGGAAGGAAGAAGAAUGAGAGCAGAGAAGUGGGGCAGCUGAGGAGCAAAGCUGACACCUGGGCUGCCCUCAGCUCCCAAGGUUGGGGAGGGCGGGGCUGGUCCCUGGGAAGAACUGGGUCUCAGGGCUCCCUAGGCACUGCCCAGACUGGCUGGGCCAGGAGUUGGGCAGGAAGUGAGAGGCAAAGCCCAGCAAGAGGAGGGAAGUAGCUGCAAACUGGAGCCCGGAGGAAGAUGGGGCUUUCUCCAAGGUCACAGCCUAGAAGGUAGGGCAGUGUGGAGUCUACAAAUAAAGCCUUACAUUUCUGAA